AUAAAAAUAUUAGUUUCCGAAAACUAAAAUACGUGUUCAAAUAAUAGUAGUGAAUUCGAAUGACGUGUACUCAACCAAAAUUGUGUUUACGUUGCACAACAUUUGGCGUGUAAAACACAAUCAUUCCACUGCUAGUCGUUUAACCGUUUCAUACAUUUUGCAUAGUUCGUCAUAUUUCGAUUUUACUUGAUAAUAAUCAAAAUCCAAUACAAGUACAACGAAAACACCGCAAGACGUUCACAUCCAAAAAGAAAAAAUGAAACAUUUUUGUGUUUUGAUGACAUUAGUCCUUGGAUAUGUUUUGGCAUUAGACGAAGAUUCCUUUAAACAGCACGUAAACCGUACAAACUAUAUGCUCCAAAAAUUAAACGAAGGACAAUUGGACGCUCUAGUCACAUUUUAUGUAAUGGAUUCUAUGGAUAUUAAGACGCUGGCUACGUUUUUGGCCGCACCAACGCCCGUUUUCAAAGAUGGAUAUGGGUAUUAUCUAGAUGAUCUGAGAGCUUAUGAGGAACAUUUACAGCGCAGUAUGAGUAACUAUGUGAAGCAACCUGGUGCUCUGAAAAUAAACAUGGAGCAGGUUACUUUGCUUGAUAUGGGAAAGGACAGAAGAAAUAUAAUUAAGGGAUCUCUAUUACGUUUACUCAAGGCAGUCGAAGGUACUAUUCAAACCGCGGCUUUUAAUGUACAUCAGAGAUGUCGCUUAGUAGCGUUGUUGGUAAAUGUAGAACAACCAGACAAACACAUAUGUUAUAGCAGAGCCGCCGUAACCAUGGCUAACGAAAAUAAUUGUCGUUUGAAAUAUGAUAAAUCUGACGGACGGGUCAUCGUGUACAGAAUGUGGAAUGAUGGAUACUACUAUCAAGUAUUAGGCUCAAGAAAAAAAGGACCCAAACUCACGCCGAAACUGGAACAACAGAGUCGUCCUUGCACAAUUUUAUAAAGAGAUCUUGCAGAAAGCAGAUAUAUACACUUCUUAAAACU